AUGCCGUCUUUAACUCAAACUAGAUCCACAGUUUCUGAAUUAAACACAUCUGCCAUUGAAACCAGCACUAUGAGUGAUUCGGGUCAUCAAAAUAAACCAAAGGGUCCAAAGGGGAUCACAUUCUCAGGAGAAACUUUUAUUGUUCCUGAAACUCAUGAUAUGGUUAAGACUUUAUUUGAUCCAACUAUAAAGAAAUCAAAUUUCGAAUUAAUCAUCUUGGGCUUGCUAUUCUCCAAUUUAUUGGUAUUUUUGAUUCCUAAUAACAAUUUAAGAAUUUCUAUUUUUAUUGGAUUUUAUAUAUUCUGGAGAUUGUCUUAUAAUUUUGGUAUUGGUUGGUUAUUGCAGCAUCAAUCAAAUGAUCACUUGUUAGUUCAGUGGGCCAUCAAGUAUAAAUUGUUUGACAAAAAUAAUAAGAAUUUUUUGGCUAAACUUGUUCAAAGUGAAAUUAAAAGUCAAAGAGGUGAUGCUUAUGAUAUCAAUUCUUACCCUAUUGAAUUCAACACUUGGUUGAUUUUCAGAAAAUUUGUUGAUUUGAUCUUGAUGCUGGAUUUUACUACUUUUAUUUGUGUUGUUUAUGCUUGUUCAAUCAAUAAUGACUAUCAAUUUAUCAAGAACCAACCAAGUUGGUUAACCAUGUCCAGAAUAGUUGGAGGCUCUAUUUUGAUCUUGUUCAAUUACUGGGUUAAAGUCAAUGCUCACAACACAAUCAAAGACUAUGCUUGGUAUUGGGGCGAUUUCUUUUUCAGACAGAUCAAUAACGAAGAAUUGAUCUUUGAUGGAGUUUUUGAAAUGUUCCCUCAUCCAAUGUAUUCUGUUGGUUAUGUUGGUUAUUAUGGUUUUGCUUUGAUUUCUAAAAGUUACAUUGUUUUGUUAACUGCCAUCUUUGGUCAUUUUUUGCAAAUGAUUUUCUUGCAUUACAUUGAAAAUCCACAUAUUGAUAAAAUCUAUGGUCCAUCCAAGAAUGAGAUCAAUUUAAUCAAAAUCUUGAAAUUGAAAGAUUUGAAGAACUUUGAUAAUUUGAAACCUUUAGUUGGGUUGUAUAACUUCAACUGGAUGAGAGCCAGUGAUGUGAUCAAUUUAGUUUUGAGUUUAACUUACGGUUUAAUUAUUCCUGUUUUUGCUAAAUCCCUUAAGCUGUUGUUUGUAUUAACUGUGGCUACUAAAUUGUUUGAAUCAUUAUCAAUCAACAUAUUGUUGAUUUUGCAAAGUCAAUUCAAAUUUUUUACCAAGUGGUCCCUUUCAAAUGAUAUUCCAAUUGAAAAAUCAUUAAAUAAUUGGGCUGUGUUGUACAAUUCUUUGAUUAACUUGACAUAUUCUUCAUUAUUUGGUUUGAAUCUUGGUUACUUCUUACAAGGUACUGGUUCUUCAUUGGUUACUGAUUAUUUCUAUUUGCGUCUUUUCUUAGGAUUGUGUUUGAUUUACACUCAAAGUUGGAUUAACUUGUCUAUUAUUGAUCUGAUUGGUUACUUUGGUUGGUUCUAUGGUGAUUUCUUUAUUCCAAAAUCUCAAUCAUCGAUCAAGAACUUAACUCAAGCUGGUGUUUAUCGUUACUUGAACAAUCCAGAACAAAUAUUUGGCGUUUGUGGUGUUAUGGGAGUUUUCCUUAUUCAUCCAACUGUUGAAAAUUUAACCUGUUGUAUUUUAUGGAUGGUCAACAAUUUCGUUAGAAUUAAUUUUAUUGAAAAGAUCCACAUGAUUAGAAUUUAUGGUGAAAAAGAAGUCAACAGAGACUCAGGUGUUACCAAAACCGUUAAGAAGCACUUAAUCCCAGAUGUCAUUCAAAGAAAAAUGAGCAAUGAUGAUCCAAAAAGAAGAGGGGGUGUUGCCAAUGGUACUUCAUUAGGUGAUUCUUUGGAUAACUUUAUCAAAGAAUUAAGAAACUCAACUACUAAAUUGUCUCAACAAAAAUUGAUUGAAUUAUCUCAAAAUUUAUCAUUUGCUAAUUCUAACUAUAAAUUGAGUAUUGAUGGAUUGAAAGAAUCAAAUGAAUUGAAAUACACUACCAUUGGUACCCCAAUUACUGUUUCAUGGCAAUCACCUAGUAACACGCAUUCUAUUCGUGAUUGGGUUGGUUUAUACAAGAUUGUUCAGACUUCCUAUUCUAGAAAUAAAACUAUUCUUUCUUCUGCUGGUAGAUGGACUUAUUGUACUGAUUCCAAAGGAGUUUUCACAUUUGAAAAGGAAAAAUUGUUCUGGGAAGAAGGUGUCUACGAAUUUAGAUAUCACUUAGAUGGUAAACACGAUGUUGCUUAUAUUUCAGAACCAUUUGAAAUCAAGAGUGUUGAUAUUGACGUUCCAGGUGAUAUUUCAGAAGCAGGAGAGUUUUCUAAACAAUUGAAAACUGAAAUUUUUGAUAAGAUUAUUGAUAUUAAAUCAAUCAAUGAAUCUAUUGCACCAAUUGCAAAUCAAGCUGAUAAUGUUAUUGAGGUUUACAAAUUGUUUAGUUCAUUGAUCUCUAAAUCCACUCAAAUCAAUGUCAACUACAGGAUCUUCUUGAAUAACGAUAAUUUAUCCAUCAGUGAUGUUGCUCACAAACUCAUUGAUAUUAAACAAGUUUUACAAGAAUUAUCUUUCAAUAGUUCUGAAAAGAAAAAUUUAUAG